CUCUUUUCCCAAACAAACCCCUCGAGGGAAACAUAUCCAUCGCUCCCAAAAAAAAAAAAUACUGUUGGAUUCUGCUUCAGGCUCAGCCGCCCAACGCCCCAACCCUACCCUGCCUUUUGUUCUUCCGUUCCAUCGCCACCAGCCUGCGCGGAACCCCCCACCCUCACGACUGGGCCGGCCGUCGCUAACGCCUUCGGUGCCCCUUCGCCGGCGACGAGCACCACCAGUCAUCAUGUCAUCAUAUCCUGUUCUAAACAACCGACCAAUCGAUCAGUGGAGAGUUACUGAUCUGAAGGAUGAGCUCCGUAAAAGGAAGCUUCCUGUUAAAGGUUUGAAAGAGGAACUCGUCAAGAGACUCUCUGACUCCAUUCAGAGUGAAAGAGAAGCUGACGAAGCUGAUGAGGAUGUGGGAGUGAAUGUGGAUGAUCAGUUGCCUGAUGCCAAUGCUAUUGAGGAAAAUACAGUUACUGUUACAGAAGUUCAUCAGGAAACUGUGGUUGAUGUCACUCAUCAAGUUGAAGUUCCUACAACCGAAGUUGGUCAAGAAUCCAUAAUUUCUCCCACUAGAGGCCCCCCCAGUGUUGAUGUUGAAGAGGCCUCAACAACCAAAGGAAAAGUACCUGAAUCAGUUGCUCGAGGAAAUUUGACAUUUGAAGAAGUGCAAGUGCAUACUAAAAGUACUAAUGAGCCUCUUCAUGAGAAGACCACAGAUGUUGACACCAAUGAUGCAGUCGAUGUGAAUUCAGACUUGAUCCCUGCUGAAGUCAAGUUUGGUGCUACAGAAGCAAGCAAAAUUGAAGAACAGGAUUUUCCCCCAGCGCCUGUAGAUGACUUAACUUCAGAUUCUACUGGUCCUUUGGGUACUGAUGUUGUCACAGCUGCAACUUCAGGUGCUGGCCCUAUGGAUACUGAUGUUUUCAUAGCUACAACAUCAGAUGCUGGUCCUAUGGAUACUGAUGUUGUCACAGCUGCACCAGUUAGCGACGAAGGGGAGAAACUGGCACCCAAGGAUGCUUCGGGUAACAAGGUGUCAAUGCAUGAUGAAGAGCAGAAUAAUUCUGAUACCAUGAACGAGGACUGCAAGCCCAUCAUAUCACAAUCAAAUAAUCAGGUACCCGAGGUUAGUCAAGAUUUAGGGUCUCAAAUUAAGUGUGAGUCGAUUUCUACUGAUAAUCUAUCAACUAACAAAAAGAAUAAUAUAGAAGGUAAUUUAAAUGCUAAUAAUUUUGAUUUAGAACUAGAGAUUCAGCCGAAGAUGGUCGAACCAUCAUCCGGCAUUACUCCAUUAGGUGGAGAUUUGCAGCCAUUGGAUGAUGACAAAGAGCUGGUUAAGAACCAGACAUCUUUGGAAGACAUAGAUUCCACAGAUAAUGUGGACUCAUACAAGAAAGAUAGUCCUGAAGGUGGAUCUCCAGAGAAAUUAAAUCUAGACAGGAGUUCAGGUGAUGAAUCAAUGGAGGAGGAUACUGUGGAAAUUAAACAAGAUGAGUCCAAUAUGAAAUCUGAUGAUCUCGGAGGAAAGAAUGAGUUUAACUCAGAAGAUGUGAAAGAGGUGAUCCUCCCUGAUUCUGUUGUUGAGGCUUCCAAGGAGGCUAUGGCUGAAGAAAAGUCAGCAGCUUCAACAGAAAAGAGGAAACUUGAAGCUGAAGAAGGUGUUGCAAGCACUGAACCAAUCAAGCGACAACGUCGGUGGACUGCAGAUAUUGCCAAAGUUUCAGGGAGACAAGCAUUGAGUCAAACUGGUCCUGAAACUCCUAAGGAAAGUUUUCAGCCUGCUUUCAAACGAUCUUUUGGGAGGUCUGAUUCAACAGCCAGUGUAGAUUCUCCUAAGGAGCGGAUUGUACCACCUUCCGAGAAACCUCCCACAACUUCUUUGAGAAUUGACCGAUUUGUACGCCCAUUUACCCUGAAAGCUGUGCAGGAGUUUCUUGGUAAAACUGGAUCUGUACAAGACUUCUGGAUGGACCAUAUCAAGACUCAUUGCUAUGUUACAUUUUCUUCGGUGGAUGAAGCUGUGGCUACUAGGGAUGCUGUUUACAACCUACAGUGGCCCCCAAACAAUGGCAAUAAGUUGGUUGCCGAGUUUGUUGAUCCUCAGGAAGUGAAGCUCAAGGUCGACCCUCCUCCCCCGCCAGCUGCUCCUGUUAGCCCAGCUGCUGCCACAAGGGCACCUCCUGUUCAACAUACUCAGACAAAUCAAAGUGUGCCACGCCAGGCUGCUGCACCAAAGGAGGAACUGCCACCUCCACCUCCCCCUCCCCUUGCUAAGCCCCCUAUGGCUGACCUGACGCCUUUAGGAAGAGAGAGGCUUCCACCCACUCCAAAAAAGCCGGAGCCUCCUGUCGUGACACUUGACGAUCUCUUUAAGAAGACACAGUCCUCUCCGAGGAUCUAUUAUCUUCCUUUAUCAGAAGAGGAGGUGGCAGCCAAGCUCGCCGCACAGGGCAAAGGAAAAAAGGGAUAGGAGGUGUUAGCUUCCAUUUUCGGCUAGCUUGGAGUUUGUUGCGGAACAUGGCGUGCGGUGGUCACAGCAGCUGACACGUGCUACUGCUGUGGCGAAAGAGUUGUAGCCUUGUAGGGCUGUUCUGUGGAAAAAGGACACUAGUGUAGGAGCAGCAGCUUGUAUUUCCUAAUGAGAUUGUUAGUUUUGAUUGGGUCUCCGAGUAGAGUGUGUGCUGAAGUUAUUUGAUCUACAUGAAGUGUUGAGGUACUUAGUUUAAUUUAUGCUGCCAGGUACUGUAAAACUGAAAGAUACUGGUUCUAGUUUUGAGUCUAUGGAGAAUACUGUUACACCGUCUCUUAUUUUA